AUGCGGUAUAAGGGUUGCGCCAUGCGGAACCGCGGGCCGGGGAAGUGGCGUGAAUGGCGCUGGGGCAGCACAGUUGUGCCACUGUAUCCACUGGAAGGGCCGCCCCCGCCUGACCCGCUGGAUCCGUCAGCGGCCAAACCCUUGAGCGAGAUCGCUCACCUGACAAUCACAAAGCUGACUGCAAAGAAUUGCCAAGCCAAGCUCACAGACUCCAUUGCAGAGUUGGUGAAAACGCCCGACUCGCCUGGUGGACGCUUCCAAGAGAACCGGUUGCGGCAGCUUUUUAAGGACACGGCCAUCGCCAACUUGUCCACGGAGGAGGUGGAGGAUAUUUUCCCGGCGCCUGUGGCACCUGACCCACCCAGCCGAAGUGGAUCCCGGCGGCCAAGCAGAUCCACCUCUCGCAAAGCCAGCAAGGACAAGAACAUGGAUGGCUGA